AUGUUUGGAUUCGGUACGGCUCGCAUACUGGCGUGGAUAGCCCUGAUAGCUGCCACUCACGCGGCACCCCUCGAUUUGCAAGGGAGAGGAGCUGCCACACUUCCCAGUAUCGACCCCUUCUAUGCCGUGCCUGUGGAUGUGGACAGUUCAGCUCCAGGGGCCAUAUUGAAACACCGUCCGCCACCGGCGCAGAUUGCAGCCUUCGGUCUGGCCCCCGUGAACCUCCAGGCCAGCCAUCAAAUCCUGUACAGGACCAACGACAACUUUGGAAACGCCACAGCAACCGUCGUCACCGUCUUGAUCCCCCAUAAUGCAGACCUUUCCAAAGUUUUAUCCUACCAGGUGGCCCAAGAUUCGGCUUGCAAGGACUGCGCUCCCUCCUACGCGCUUCAGCUCGCGUCAGCUACUAUAGGAUCGCUGGGCACUCUAGUCACGCAAGCGGAGCUGCUUCUUGUCGAGGCGGCUCUUAAUCGAGGCUGGGUAGUCAUACUCCCUGACCAUGAAGGCCCCAACGCCGCCUUCCUAGCCAACCGACAGGCUGGUCAAGCAACCCUUGACGGGGUCCGGGCCGCCCUCAGCUCUGGUAGCUUCACUGGCAUUUCCAAGGACGCCACCGUUGCCUUAUGGGGCUAUUCUGGCGGCAGCCUUGCUUCUGGUUGGGCCGCAGAGCUGCAGCCAACCUAUGCGCCGGAGCUGAAAAUCGCUGGUGCUGCGCUAGGAGGCACCGUGCCCAACAUCACCACCGUCCUGUCAGAGAUUAACAAGAGUGCCUUUGCUGGCAUCAUCCCGUCCGGCAUCGUCGGCCUGGCGAAUCAAUAUCCACAGGUCAACAGCGUCCUUGAGAAGCACGUGCUACCGAAGUAUCAGUCCCUGUUUAACAAGGUACGGAACCAGUGCCUCGUCGCCGAUGUCACGGAUUUUCUCUUCAAGGAUGUACUGGCCAUGCUGGACGAUCCGUCUCUGCCCUUUACGGACCCCGACCUUGUCAGAAUCCAAAAUGACAACGCUCUUGGCAAAGCCACGCCCAAGAUCCCGUUAUACGUCUACAAGUCUACUGGAGACGAGCUGAGUCCAGUGAGCGAGACAGACGCAUUGGUAAAGAAAUACUGCGGCGGCGGAGCUUCUGUGGAAUAUGUCAGGGACAUCCUAUCGGAGCACGGAUCUCUCGCCAUCACCGGAGCUGUGAAGGCAUUGGCUUGGUUGAUCGAUGUUUUGGAUGAAGGAAAGUCCCAAAAAGGUUGCUCCACGUCAACGGUUAUAUCCUCGCUGCUUGAUCCCAGUGCGUUAGAAAUCAUCCCCGGUUUCAUUGUUGAUGCUUUGCUGGAUCUGCUGGGAAGCCCGGUUGGCCCUAUCGUGAUAGGAUGA